AUGUUGGCCGUUGUCUUUGACAUUCGCCACAAGGAGCGUGACAUCGUUCCGAGCUUGAUUACACCCGGUGCAGUGGUUUCCAAAGAUGAAACAUGCACUGGUAGUGAAUCUGCAUGGAUCUCAUGGGAUUACUUGGAUGGGGGCAUCGUGCUCGAUGCAGCCAGAGGCGUUGUGCAUCAACUCUGUAUUGACGCAGGUGCAAUGUUAGAAGACUUUCUGUCUCGACCGCCUCAUGAACUUUCAACUGUUUUGAAGCUGCUUCUGCGAAGAUCAGGAUGCAGGGAUCACAUUGUGCAACUGAUGCGAAAAGCCCUGACAUCAAAGACCAACUCAGUUGAACUGUCUCAGGGCUUUCAAGUGCUCAAUUCAGCGUAUCGACGCGUCAUCGAAGAACUCUCCCAGAAAUCGGGCACGCGGCAGACCACAGUGUCCCUACAAGAGCUUGAGGCUCAAAUCAUUGACCAGUCGGUUCUAUCUGAAAAAGACAUGGUGACAUUGGUCUUUCAUCCUCACUUCACGAACAGCGAGGGCCUGGAAGCUCCAUCUGAAAGCAAGGACAGCUUCUCGCUGGACACUUGGCAUAUUCCAGAAAGUCUUCAGAAGGAGGAGACCACGUGUGGCCAAGUUGGGAAGACACCCUACAUCCUUUCGGUGGUGAUCGCCUACUUGCGCAGUCUAUUGGGACUUCAAAUACUGCCCCACAAGAUUCUGCAGUGCUUUGUCUUCGACCUUUGCGUCUAUUACAGGCAAGAGCACCUUCUCCAGCAGCUACUCCACUACCAUGUCUUGUUGGACUCGCCGGAGCUGGCGGUGCGCCUGAAGCAGCUGGCGCGCGGCGUUCCGCCCGCGCGCGGCGUUGCGCCCGCGCGCUGGGCCACUCAAGCGAGCCUGGACAUGGCGCUUCGUGUGCGGGAGUUCUCUGUGGUCGCGGAGAUGUUGCUGUUUUCAGGUCAAUACCUGGACAUUGUGCCCUUCCUGGUGAACCAGAAGGACGUAGACUUCAAGGUCAAGACUUUGCUGGAAGACUUGGAGAAAGACCAGAAGGCGAACAGCGAAGAUCCCGAGCUGAUGCAGCACGUCCUGACGGAGAUCCGCUUGUGGAAGCAAGAAGCCGACGUGUCUCCCCGGUCUGCGGGGGAAUCGGCCGAACGAGUACCUCAGCCGGACCUGAGUGGCUGCGAGAAAUGGCUCCCAGAUCUGGUCCCCAAGGAGGUGCCGAAGACCUUCGCAUCUUGA